UUUCACUUAAAAUUUUCUUUCUAUAUUAGUUAUUACUCUAAUUAAUAAAUGACUGAAUUAGUUGGAACAUGGAAAUAUCUUGAAAGUUCCAAUGUGGAAGAAUUGUCUAGUGAAUUAGGUGACUACUUAUAAAACAAUUUUAUUUUGUAAUUUUAAAAAAUAAUCAGGAACUCCUAAUGAUGUAUAUAAUAUUAUCAAUAAAAUGAAAUCAAAUAUGAUCAUAGAUUUGGAUGAUAACGAAGUACGUAUAAAAAUGAUAAUAUGUGAUCAAGAACUGGAUCAAUCAUUUGAAUUGGGUCAAGAAGUUGAAGAAUUAACAUUUGAUGGACGAAUCGUUCGAGCUAUUGUGACCAUUGAAUCAGACAAGAAAAUGGUACAUGUACAAAAACAUGGCUUUACGGAAACUGUCAUUACACGUGAAGUUGAUGGCGACACACUGAUGACAACAAUAAAAUCUCAGCAGCAUGUAGCAACUAUCAAGUAUCAACGUGUUUGACGUGAUCAUUGGUAAAUGUUUCAUUGUUUAGUACUUUAAAUAAAUGAUGUUUAAAUAAAUAAACACAUGAUGUUACACUACAGUUUAUUUAUAUUACUUUAUUGGUUACAAUGAAAUUGUUAAUUUAUACCCUACAAUAACUACUCAAUGAAUAUAACUUUGAUAAUAGAAUCGUAAUUUUCUAAUUAAAAGUAAAAUAAAAUCAAUUCAGG